AUUCUUCAUCAAAGCUCUCUGAGCUCAUCAUUCUUCAUUAGAGCUCUUUCAGCUCAUCAUUCUUCAUCGGAGCUCUGUGAGCUCGUCAUGCUUUGUUGGAGCUUUUUCAGCUCGUCAUUCUUCAUUAGAGCUCUUUCAGCUUGUCAUUCUUCAUUGGAGCUCUGUGAGCUCAUCAUUCUUCAUCGGAGCUCUGUGAGCUCGUCAUGCUUUGUUGGAGCUUUUUCAGCUCGUCAUUCUUCAUCCGAGCUUUGUCAGCUCGUCAUACUUUGUUGGAGCUCUAUCAGCUCGUCAUGCUCUGUUGGAGCUUUUUCAGCUCAUCAUUCUCUGUUGGAGCUCUAUCAGCUCGUCAUUCUCUAUUGGAGCUUUAUGAGUUCGUCGUUCUUCAUCAGAGCUUUAUGAGCUCAUCAGUCUUCAUUAGAGCUCUUUCAGCUCGUCAUUCUUCAUCGGAGCUCUGUGAGCUCAUCAUUCUUCAUCGGAGCUCUAUGAGCUCGUCAUGCUUUGUUGGAGCUUUUUCAGCUCGUCAUUCUUCAUCGGAGCUUUGUCAGCUAGUCAUGCUUUGUUGGAGCUUUGUCAGCUCGUCAUGCUUUGUUGGAGCUCUGUCAGCUCGUCAUUCUCUGUUGGAGCUUUUUUAGCUCGUCAUUCUCUGUUGGAGCUCUGUCAGCUCGUCAUUCUUUGUUGGAGCUUUUUCAACUUGUCAUUCUCUAUUGGAGCUUUAUGAAUUCGUCAUUCUUCAUCGAAGCUCUAUGAGCUCGUCGUUCUUCAUCAGAGCUUUGUGAGCUCAUCAUUCUUCAUCAGAGCUUUGUGAGCUCGUCAUUCUUUGUGGGGAGCUUUGUGAGCUCAUCAUUCUUCAUUGGAGUUUUGUGAACUCGUCAUUCUUUGUUGGAGCUUUGUGAGCUCAUCAUUCUUCAUUGGAGUUUUGUGAACUCGUCAUUCUUUGUUGGAGCUUUGUGAGCUCAUCAUUCUUCAUUGGAGUUCUGUGAGCUCGUCAUUCUCUGUUGGAGCUUUGUCAGCUCGUCAUGCUUUGUUGGAGCUUUGUCAGCUCGUCAUGCUCUGUUGGAGCUUUGUCAACUCGUCAUGUUUUGUUGGAGCUUUGUUAGCUCGGCAUGCUUUGUUGGAGCUUUUUCAGCUCAUCAUUCUUCAUUGGAGCUUUGUCAGCUCGUCAUGCUUUGUUGGAGCUUUUUCAGCUCGUCAUUCUCUGUUGGAGCUUUGUCAGCUCGGCAUGUUUUGUUGGAGCUUUGUCAGCUCGUCAUGCUCUGUUGGAGCUUUGUCAACUCGUCCAUGCAGGGUCUCAGCUCAUAAUUCUUUUUGAAAGGCUUACCAAAUAAAGAUUUGGAUCUUGC